AAUCAAGUGGAGAGGAGCUUACGUUGAUGCCCAAAAUGACGAGACCUUCAAUGUUAUUAGAUGGAUCAUCAGAUUUUGUGCUUACUUAUGAAGAUAAAGAUGGAGACCGGAUGCUUGUUAGAGAUGUUCCUUAGGGGUGUUUAUUGCACGAUCAUACCAAAUCAUUUGAAAUGUCUCGGAUUUCGUUCAUUUGUCCUGAGAUUAUGUCAAGCACUAGAAUCAAGGCCGACCCUGGAGCGCCAACAAUGUAUUUGAGAAAAAAUUUCCAAGCUGAAAUUGAAAAGGAGAAGAUGGGUAAUCCUAACCUAACCAAUUGGUUUUUAAUCCCAUAUAAUCAAGAAAAUCAUUGGAAUUUAUACAUGAUGGACCUACGUAGAGGUUGUGUAUAUAUUUUCGAUUCUGCUAGAGAUCCACGUCGAACAGAUUAUGCAUGGGGAAUCUUGAGUUUGGCAUACCAAGUGUACAAGUGCAAUGGUGGGAGUUGUCCGAAUAAAACGAGUUUUAAGUCGUGUAAACCCAUUCAUAUAGAGUGUGCUCAACAAAUCGGCGGAACGGAGUGUGGCUAUUACGUUAUGAAGUUCAUGUUAGAGAUAGUCACGUUACAUGACUAUGAAGGCCGGCUAGAUGAGGUAACUGGUCUAUACUCCGAGGACUGCACCUUAUGCUAGUGAGGAAAUUGAUGUGGUUCGUGAGCAAUGGGCGAAGUUUUUUACCAACAAGUAUUUAUUAUUGACCUGAGGGAGCUUGAUCGAGUUGGUUUAGAUGUAUAGAACAAUCUUUUAUGUCAAAAUGCAUGCGUACGUUGAAAUUGGAACGUACAUAUAUUUAAAUAUAUUAGUACGUGCACUUUGGUUUUGGGAUGUAUACAAAACUACAAUUAUUGUUUAUAUAUUUGUUAUACAGGUUGCGAUA